AUGCAGCAUGAAUUGCUUUGUGUUCUCUACCCAGUAUUUAUCCACUGUUUCAUGGAUCUCAUAGCAAAAGGCCAUCUUCAAGAAGCUCGAGCAUUCUUCAAUACCUUUCGUGAAGAUCAUGAGAUGAUGCAUUCACGUGAUCUCACAAAAUUAGAAGGUGUUCUUUCCCCAUCUCAUUUAGAGGAAAUGGAGUUUGCUCACACUCUAAGGCAGAGCAAAGUGAAUAUAAAGAUAUGCCAGUAUUCUUAUGAUCUUCUUAUGCAAUAUCUACACAAGACACAAUCCAUUACAAUGCUUGGUAUUAUCAAUGAGCAUAUUGACUUCCAAGUUUCUCCUGGACAACCUAGCUCAAUUUCUGAUGAUGCUGAAGCCUUUUCACUUGUUGGAAGUGGACAAGAUGCUGCUAAUUUAAUAAAUCAGAAAGAAAUACAUUGGGGGCUGCUUGAAGAUUGUUUAGAAGAUCGGCUUGAUAAAGCAGGUGGGUUGCUCUCAGAUUCAGAAAAGACAGAAGGAGAAGGCAAAGAAGGAGAGAUAGAUGAGAAUAAGAAAAAAUCAGCAGAUGGUGGAAAGCAAGGUGGGCCCCUCAAGAAGCUAAAGAAGGACAAGGUUGUUGGUGGGGCAGGGAAAGCUGCCCGAGGGGAGGGUGACAAGUCAACUGCUGCCCCAAGAGUCAAACCCGAGCUUACUUUGCCAACAAUAUCAACAGAUGUAGAACAUUCUAUUCUUGAAGACCUUAGAAACCGUGUACAAUUAAACACUUCCACACUUCCUUCAGUUAGUUUCUACACAUUCAUUAAUACACAUAACGGAUUAAAUUGUUCAUCAAUAUCCCACGAUGGAUCAUUAGUAGCCGGAGGAUUCUCAGAUUCAUCACUCAAAGUGUGGGACAUGGCAAAACUUGGGCGUAUGGGGAGUUCUGGUGAAAAUGAUUCGGAUGGAUCAAAUGGUGGAAAAAGGUGUUACACUUUGUAUCGGGGGCAUUCUGGUCCGGUUUAUUCAGCUUCAUUUAGUCCUUUUGGGGAUUUUCUUUUAUCAUCAUCGUCAGAUUCAACAAUUCGAUUAUGGAGCACAAAGUUGAAUGCAAAUGUUGUGUGCUACAAGGGUCAUAAUUACCCUGUAUGGGAUGUUCAGUUUAGUCCACUUGGACACUAUUUUGCAAGUGCAUCUCAUGAUAGAACAGCUAGGAUUUGGUCAAUGGAUAGAAUUCAGCCUCUAAGAAUACUUGCAGGACACUUAUCUGAUGUUGAUUGUGUAGAAUGGCAUAUGAACUGCAAUUACGUUGCAACGGGAUCAAGUGACAAAACAGUUCGUUUAUGGGACGUACAAAGUGGUGAAUGCAUACGGAUUUUCAUUGGUCAUAGGAGUAUGAUUUUAUCGUUAGCCAUGUCACCUGAUGGUAGAUACAUGGCAUCUGGUGAUGAAGAUGGAAGUAUCAUGAUGUUUCCAAUGCUCGAUGUCUCACUCCUCUUCUCGGCCAUACUUCUUGCUUUCAGUAAAAGUGGAAAUACAAAUAGACUGAGAUCACUCAAGACUCUACCUACCAAAUCCACCCCCGUUUAUGCUUUACGGUUUUCGCGAAGGAAUCUUCUUUUUGCUGCUGGGGCUCUUUCUACAAAUGUGUAA